AGCUGAGUGUGUGUGUGUGUGUGUGUGCGUGUGUGUGUGAGAUGAGGCUUCAUCCUCAGUUCCCACCUGUCUUGGCUGGUUUAUCUGAUCUGAGAUCAGUGAGUUAUUCAGCUCUCUUUGAACACCAGUGGUGGGAAACUGUAGUCCUUUUAAUCAAGUACUUCAAAGUACUUUUACUUGAGUGUUUCCAUUCGAUGCUACAUCUCCAAGGCAAGUCUUGUACUUUUACUUCACUGAGUUUCUCUGAGAGCUCGAGCUGCUCUGCGGAUUCAUAACAUUCAUACAACGUAGGAUCAACCAGCCGUAAGGUGAAACGUCACACGCAGGCCAGUGAAAAGGACGAUCCAGACUCCGGGUUCGGUGUGAGGUCAGAGCGCCACCUUCAGUCAGCGGGGACACUUACAGCAUGCUGCCUUCACACGCGCACACGUGUGGUAACCACAGAAGGAGGAUCGAGGAUCCCUGAGCUGACACGAAGUGGACCACCGAGUCCAGCUGACAGGGUUUCUGUGCAUGAGAGCGUGCAUUCUGUCAGUGUGUGUGUGUGUCCUGCUGGGUGUAGAAGACUACACACAGGAUGAGUACACUUCAGUCUCACUUCGAUUCUUGUUGCCAUGGAAACAUGUCAGACGCCUGUUGGACUUAUGAGAUGUGAGGUCAUAUCAAGUCCAUCGUGUCCAUCUCAGCUGAGGAGUCCUGGGACGGUCUGAAGGUGGUGGUUGGGCGAAGGGGGGUGCAGACCCCCCCCCGGGGUCGUGACGGAGGAGAAGGAGACGCCGGAAAACACGACUCCUGCGGCGGGGGAGGUGCAGAUCCCAGGGGUGCUGCUUCCUGGGACCCUCUUUCUGUCUGAGUUUAAUGGGACGGUCAUUGUUAACGGGGUCUCCAUGGAAACGACGCGUCACGACUCGCGGCUCGGUAUAAAAGAGGCAGCGGGACGCGGAGAGGACAGUGAGGUCCAGGUCCAGGAUCCCCGAGUGUCUGCUGCCCCGGAGCCGCCAGCUGAGUCCUGCACGAGAGAUGCUGCACGAGGCCGCGCGUCGCCUGAGCACCUGGAACAGAGGACCACACCGAUGCGUCUCCAUGAAACAAAGAGCGACUCCAGACGAGAUGAACCUCAGUGCCGGUUCUCGUCAGCGGACGGUCCGUCGGGUCUCCACCAACAGCCGGGAGCGCUGGCGGCAGCAGAACGUAAACGGAGCGUUCGCUGAGCUGCGGCGGCUCAUCCCCACACACCCACCCGACCGGAAGCUCAGCAAGAACGAGAUCCUGCGCCUCGCCCUCAAGUACAUCAACUUUCUGGACCGGCUGGUGAUGGACCAGGACCACCCAGCAGGCCCCCGGGCCCGAGCGGGGAGCCUUGAGCAGGAGGACGGGCUGCAGGGGGCGCUGUCUCCCGGCUCCAGCUGUGAGGGCUCAGUGGAUGGGCACUCAGACAGCCUGAUGGAGGAGCAGGACUGUGGAGGACCUCUGCAGAACCUCCACCUGGCCUCCAGCUACAGCUGGCCAGAUGGGCUGGAUCCCGAGGACCAGCAGGACGAGUCAAACAUGUUAAUGCAAAGCUUACAAAACAGCGGUAUGGCCCUUUAAAGCGGGACCCAGCGGAGGAGCACAAGAGUUCAUGUGAUAUUCACAUUUAUCGGUGUAGUUAUUCUUAAUGAAUUAGUGGACAUGUGGCGCGUUUGAUGUUCGUGUGUUUCACCGGAAGUUCUGCCGGAAGUUCUCAGCAGAAGAAUCAGUAACCAGAUUCAGUUUCUUUAAUGUUAAAGGAACUUUUGGUGCUUUUAUUAGUUUUAUUCUUGUAUUAAAUUUCUUGUUCAUUGCGAUGUUUGACAUAAAUGUUUGUUAUAAAACUGAUUACUUUCAUCUGUGAUGCACAAAUGUUUCUGUGAGAAUACAGAAAAAUAAAAAUAAAAAGUGAUUCGUUGCAACUUA